CUCAACCAUACGUUAGCUCUCCGUUUUCCCCGCAUUUUUUUUGCAAGAACUCGACGAGAUGGGAUGGAGAGGGAUGGCAAGCUGUGGGGAUAGGAAAAGCAAGGGAGAGGAGGGAAGAGGAAACAGGUGACAAAAGGGGAUGAAAAUUGUGUAUCGGAGGAGAGAAGGAAGAUCUGCGACGGCAACUAAGGAAUUAGGGUGGAGUCGUGGGACGUUGCGGUUGCAGUGGGUGACUUGGGUAUGUGGCGGAGGCUGGCAAAGAGAAUAGAUUUUGGUAGAGGGUUCUGUGUGCCCUUUUUCAAAUCAAAUGACUGGCAAACAACAAUUCAUUUAUCAAGCCAAGCAAAUGGUGCAAAGAAGCUGGAGUUCAGCAAAAACAUUUAUAGUCAUGGGAUUUCUCCGCUGUUGAGUGUGUUGUUCAGAAGCCAUUGCAAAGAAAAACCACACAUACAGAGACUACUAGGAUUCCUUCUGUUGAUUCAAGAUGCUUGCUAAGAUGUGUGCUUUCUCUUUUGCUUGAAUAGACUGGUUUCUCUACCCUCAACCCCAAAAUAAGGAAAGGAAAAGUAGAACAAAAGCUGCAACAACCUGAUCUGACAGCCACUGAAAGCUUAAUGUGGGAGGUUGUGAAGAGCAUACAUAAUGACAAUUCCAAUUUGUGGACAAUUGAAUGUCAAGGAGCUGGACAAUCUGAGCGAUAAAGAAUUGCACAACUGCAGAAUCAGUUAAAUGAAUGGAUAAUAUUGGUUAAGGAGGAAAAGUUAAGAUAAAGUUUCAUGUAAAUAUUAACAGAAUUCUCUAGUAUUAUCUGAAUUCUAUGCAUUUCCUCUUUAUCCCUCCUUUAUCUUUCAGUUCUAUUUCUUGUUGAUUGAAAUAAUCAAUUUUUCACUUUAUAAGACUCUUGAAUUUUAAUUCCAAAACAGAAUUUAACUCUACUUGCACUUAGUAAAGUAGAAUUUAAUUUAAAGCUGUUACUUGCACCAUAGUCUACUUUUCCACUCUUAAUACUCUUAAGUUUCUAUUCUAAUUGGUUCUAUUCUAUUUAAUAACUGAUCACUUCAAAGUGUUACUUGCUUCACUCCAAAGAAGUGAUCGCUUCGCUUCUUGCUUCAUCGCUUCGCCUUGCCUUUUGCCUUUAACAACACUGAUCUUUGACCUUGGAUGAUUCUCAAAUAUCUUAUCCUAAGAGUUUACAUGAUUCCUAGAGUGGUACUAUAAC